CCGACCGUGACGGGGCCUGUGGGGGGUCGGUGAUGGCGCGGCUCGGCGGGUUUGAGGGGGCCGAGCAGCAGCAGCAGCAGGUGCUGUCUCGGCAGCAGGAGCGGCACUACCGGCUGCUGGCCGAGUUGCAAGCGCUUGUCAAGGCGCUUCCCAGUGCCUGCCAGCAGCGCCUCUCGUACACGACAUUGUCCGAGCUGGCGCUGGCCCUGCUGGACGGAACCGUGUUCGAGAUCGUGCAGGGACUACUGGAGAUCCAGCACCUCACCGAGAAGAACUUGUACAGCCAACGGCGGCAGCUUCACAGCGAGCACCGCGGGCUGAAGCAGGAGCUCUUCCACCGGCACAAGGAGGCUCAGCAGUCCUGCAGGCCCCACAACCUGCCACUGCUCCGUGCAGCCCAGCAACGCGAGAUGGAGGCUAUGGAGCAACAGAUUCGAGAGGAACAGCGAAUGAUGGAUGAGAAGAUAGUCUUGGAAUUGGACCAAAAAGUAAUUGACCAGCAGAGCACCCUGGAGAAGGCUGGGGUGUCUGGCUUCUACAUCACCACCAACCCCCAGGAGCUGACUCUACAGAUGAAUUUGCUAGAGCUGAUUCGAAAGCUGCAGCAGAAGGAAGCUGAGGCUGAGAAGACUUUUUCUUGAAAGAGCAAAUCUGCUGUUCACUUCCCAGAGUUUUUCCUCUGACUUCCCUCUAAACAGCAGACCGUCCAUGCAUUUACUUUGUAUUGUGUCAGGAAGAGGCUACAGGAGAAGAAGAAAUUGCUGAGGCUCUUAGAUUAGAGCUGGGGCAGGCAGAACCCAGCACAGGGGGUGGUUGGGAGCCUGGGGAUGGCUCUCUGAUCCUCAGAGCAGUGUCAGCUGCAUCUGGCUCAUCUGGGAAUGAUAGUGUGGUCACCUGCCAGGAAUGUCCUGCAGUGAUGCUGAGGCCAUCACUGAGCCAAGGCUGGGCUGGGCACUGAGGCAGCAGAUGGAGCCCUACUGUGUGAGGGUGAGCCUGUGUUUAGAUGAUAUAACUAGGGGGUAGGGGGGUGGGGAACAAUUCCAAGGGUGCUUCUUUGUGUUGUUGAGGCAGAAACAACCUCUUAGGCAGACCCUUCCCAGACUCUCCUCCAGGCUGGUACUAGCAUUAUCUGUAUUAGUUUAUCUGCAUGCUGGCCAGCAUUAUCUGUAUUAAAGGAGAAUGUCAGGCAUCAGCCCAGAGUCACUGGACUGUUUGCAGUGUUCCCACUGACUCAGAAAGCAGUGCUUUUGCUUUGUUCUUUUAAACCAGUUUCCAAAUUAAGAGAAAUAAAAUACUCCCCUUCUGAGGCUGCA